AUGGCCCUCGAAACACUCAGCACCAUCUCCCCCAUCACCAACAAGCCCAUCCUGACACGGACUGGAAUCUCAGAAGAAGAGCUCAGCUUACUCCCGGAGACCGCUCAAAAGGCAUUCCAAUCAUUCUCACAGACUACGACCCUAGCCCAGCGUCAAGAGAUCGUCGCGCGAGCCUUGGGAAUUCUCGCUAAGAAGAAGGAUGAUCUGGGAAGAGAAAUUACCGAGCAGAUGGGCCGGCCCAUUGCCUAUACGGCUGCGGAGAUUGCUACAGCGGUGAAGCGAGGAGAAUUUUUGAAUCGUACUAGCAACUCAAUCCUUGGAGAGGAGGGCGUUGUGGAUGGUGAGCCGGAGAAGGGAUUUAAACGGUAUAUCAAGAGGAAACCCGUCGGCGUAGUCUUGGUUAUUUUCGCAUGGAAUUACCCAUACUUGAUUCUUGUCAACAGUUUGAUCCCCGCACUCCUCGCCGGAAACGCAGUCAUCUUGAAGCCCUCCCCACAGACUCCUACUGUCGUCGAGCAGGUCGCGUCGGCUUUCCAAGAGGCCGGACUGCCGGAGAAUGUUAUACAAUAUUUCCAUUCUGGGUCUUUGGUCCAGAUUCAGACCCUUAUUCGAUCGCCACUCAUCAACCACAUCUGUUUCACCGGCUCUGUUGCAGGCGGCCUGGCUGUCCAGCAAGCUGCAUCGGAUCGUAUUAUCAAUGUUGGUCUCGAACUCGGUGGCAAAGAUCCCGCCUAUGUCCGGGGUGAUGUGGACCUAGCCUGGGCUGCUGAGGAAAUUGUUGACGGAGCAAUUUUCAACAGCGGACAGAGCUGCUGCGCAAUUGAGCGUGUUUACGUCCACGAUAGUAUUCACGACCAAUUUGUAGAGGAGGCCAAGAAGGUACUUAGCAAGUACCGGGUCGGUGACCCCUUCGACAAGAACACACAGAUUGGUCCAGUCAUUUCACGCCGGUCUCAGGAGACGUUCAACGCUCAUGUUGCGGAUGCGCUAUCCAAAGGGGCAAAAGACGAGACACCAGAAAAUGAGACCUUUAAGAACAUGCCUGCCGAUGGCAACUACGUGAAGCCUACACUCUUGACUGGAGUCACGCACGAGAUGCUUGUCAUGACCGACGAGACAUUCGGGCCUAUCAUUCCAGUUAUGCGCGUCAAGAGCGACGAUGAAGCUGUCCAGCUUAUGAAUGACAGCGAAUUCGGCCUUACAGCCAGCGUGUGGACCAAAGAUGUCGCAGCAGCGGAGAAGCUUAUCGAAAAGAUCGAAGCCGGCACGGUGUUUAUCAACAGGGCAGAUUACCCUAGUCCGGACCUAGCUUGGACUGGCUGGAAGAACUCUGGACGCGGUGUGACUUUGAGUAAAUUCGGAUUCGACCAGUUUGUGAAGUUGAAGAGCUAUCAUGUUAAAGAUUAUCCGAAGUAG